GCUGGGGGAGGAGCUGCCGGCCGGGUCCCUCCCUUCUCGGGUUGCACCCGGGCCCGGAGCGGCUGCGCGCCCAGGGAGGAGCCCGCCCGACAAACACACUCGCCGCUGGGGAGGUGGAGGAGCGAGACCGGCCGGAGAGGCCCGGAGCCCGGUGCUUGAGAGAGUCAGUCGGAGCCUUUGGGAGUCACCAUGUCGUACCCCAAUGCUCCCCCGCCCUAUGAUGACAAGAAUCCCCUCUACCCCCCACAGCCUGGGGGCUACCCGCAGCCUGCACCCUAUCCUGGGGGCUACCCGCAGCCUGCACCCUAUCCUGGGGGCUACCCGCAGCCAGGAGGGUAUCCUGGGGGCUACCCGCAGCCAGGAGGGUAUCCCGGGGGCUACCCGCAGCCAGGAGGAUAUCCCCACCCAGGUGUCCCGGUACCCCCAAUGUCAACAGUCCCCAUGAACCUAGGGGACAGCUACGGCAGCGGUGGCUCGGGGGAGGAGGACGGGCUGAGAGCAGGCACCUGGGACGACAAGAGUGUGCGACACACCUUCAUCCGCAAGGUCUACACCAUCAUCUCAGUCCAGCUGCUGGUGACCGUGGGCAUCAUCGCCGUGUUCACCUUCGUCUCCCCCGUCCGCUCCUUCGUGCAGAGGAACAUUGCUGUGUACUACUCCUCUUACGCCGUGUUCCUCGUCACCUACCUGGUGCUGGCCUGCUGCCAGGGCCCCAGGAGACGCUUCCCCUGGAACCUCAUCCUGCUGAGCAUCUUUACGCUGGCCAUGUCCUUCAUGACGGGAACUAUCGCCAGCAUGUAUAGCACCCGGGCUGUCCUGAUCACCAUGGUGAUCACUGCCAUAGUGGCCAUAAUUGUCACCGUCUUCUGCUUCCAGACCAAGGUGGAUUUCACGUCCUGUACCGGGCUGUUCUGUGUGCUGGGGAUUGUCGUCAUGGUGACGGGAAUCAUCACCGCCAUCGUCCUCUCCUUCAAAUAUGUUGCGUGGCUCCACAUGCUGUACGCGGCCAUCGGCGCGAUCGUCUUUACCCUGUUCCUCGCUUACAACACCCAGCUGGUGCUGGGGAACAGGAAGAACGCGAUCAGCCCCGAGGAGUACGUCUACGGGGCCUUGGAGAUCUACAUGAACAUCGUCCAGAUCUUCACCUUCCUACUGCAGAUCGUGGGCCGGAGCUAGAGCCUGCCCGGAGCUCCCGGCUGGAACUGCCCCGGGCCCAGGAGUGCUCCGGGAACACCUUGCCGCCGUCCCUUCCCGCUCCCCGCCCCGGCGUGUCUCUCCCAGGCCAACGGCCUCUGGUUUCCCUUCUCACCUGGGGAGCCCAGCGUGGCUGCUUAGAGGGGUAGCAGGCGAGACUGGCCUGUCUGCCCUGCAGAAUAACCAGGCUUUGCCCGGAAAUGAAGCCAGUGUCAGCUGAUUUCUGCCUGCCCUGUUAAUUGCUCCGCUACCCUCUGUGCCCCCACGUGGCCUCCCGUCUUUCUCUCCCCACGCUGCCCCCAGGGAUGUGUCAAUACGCUGAGUUCAUCUCUUGCAGGGGUGUGUUCACGGCACUGCUUCCAAUCCCGGAUCCUCUAGGCAGAGCUCCUGGGGAAGUGAGAAAUCCAAGGGCAGCCCCUGCCUGGCUGCGCGGAUCCCCGGGCCCAGGACUGCGUUCUUUGCCAGUGGGCUCCCUCCAUUUCGGCUGCCUGGCGACAGGCUCCGUCCCCGUCUCAUGCCGCGUGCCCACGGGGAGGAACGUUCCCUCACGUCAUCAAAUGCGAAUCCACUCAAAGGAGAGCAGAAAGCCAGGGGCUUAGUCCUCGCUCCGCUCUGAACCAAGGGGUGCAGGUUCCCUCCGCCCUGCAGAGCACCCUCCGUUGGCGAGGAGCAGCAGGGGCUGCAAUCAAUGCACUGAGAUGAUUUUACAGGGGAGGGGGGAUCUGUCAGUGCUUUUCAGUUGCAGCAGGGUUUUCACCCUCCCUGUGAAUAUGGAUCAGCUCAGACGUCAGGGCAAACACCAAUGCCUUGGGGCAGUUACAUGGCUAAAGCUAGCCUUAUGUUAAGUAAAAAAAC